AUGAGCGAGACAACCAUCGUGUCCGAACCGGAGACAACUCUUCUUCAUUUUGCUUCCGGGAAUGGCCCGGUAACGCGCCGUAUUCUCCGAACACCGCUCCGUGAUGCUCUUCCGACGGAGAUUCCACUCAUUGACAUAUCACCUUCUUUCAGCAAUGACAUUGCAAGCCGAAAACUAGUGGCUCAACAGAUCCGCCAAGCUGCAACUUCCUCGGGCUUCUUUUACAUCACCAACCAUGGCAUCGACUCGUCCGUCACUGACGCUGCCCACGAAGCCUGUCUCGACUACUUUCGCCAGGAAGAAGAGGCGAAGAUGCGUUCCUGGGUUGGCAAGAGUCGCUACUUCAACGGCUACAAACCUCCUGGAUCCCAGCGUAUCAACAAGUCAGAAAGUGUCGAUGUUCGCGAGACCUUUAGCUGGACCUACGAUCCUCGUCAUGAUCCCGAUAUCAGAGACGUUGAGUCCAUCCCGGACGAUGCCAAGCAUUUCCUCCGGAUAGAGGAUUUUCAUUGGGAAGGAGCUUCCAACAAGCCGCAGUUCAAAAGCUCCAUCAUCCGUUACUGGCAGUCAUGCCUGAAGCUUGCUCGCGUGCUAGUGCGAGCUUUCGCGUUGUCUCUGGACCUUCCGGAAGGCCAUUUCGAUGCUAAGUUUGCAUACCCAGAUGCUGCGUUGGCGCUCAACUAUUAUCCGCCGUUAUCGAAGGCUUUGAACGGUGCUCCAGCCGACACUGAUGCACAAGUAUCGAUCGGAUCGCACACGGACUUCCAGCUUUUCACCAUUCUUUGGCAAGAUGCCGUCGGGGGACUGCAAGUUCUGAACCGCCAGGGGCAAUGGAUCAGGUAA